AUGGAACUAAAGUUUUUGUUUUUCGUCGGUUUAAUACCUUCAAUAUUAUGUCAAUGUUCAGUUGAAAAUGCUAAACCAGAAUUUAGAAGGGCGGUCUUCGAUUUCUCUGUGGACUUGAUGAUGAGAAUAGCCGAAGAGAAAGAAAGUCAUUUCAUCGCUUCAACUCUUUCAAUUUGGACGUUACUAUCAUGUAUUUCAUUAGGAGCAACAGACAAAACGUUAGCGGAACUCAGAGAUGUCCUCCAUCUGCAUAGUCAUUCUUGCUUUAACAACAAGUACUUGGACAUUGUAAAAAUCAUCAACUCAAACUCCUCUUCGGACGUCAUUGUUGAAAGAAAUUCCAUCAUAUUUACGGAUGAAAACUUGCCUAUCAAAAAUUAUUUCAAAAAUACAAUCAUAAGUAAAAAAGUAAGUGAUUUCCAAGUGCUUUCUUUUGGCAACCCUGAAUAUGCCGCAUCUGUUAUCAACAACUACGUAAGUGAAGCGACGCACGGUUCGAUAUAUGAAGUGGUCGCCCCAGGAGACUUAGAAGAUAUAGUAAUGCUUGCAAUUGAUGCAAUAUUCUUCAAAGGCACCUGGAGCGUACCUUUUGGAAAAGAAGACACAGAAGUGAGCGCAUUUUAUAACGAAAAAGGGGAUCAGACUGGAGAUGUAAACCUUAUGUUUGUUACUGGAAACUUUUACCAAAAAGAAGUUGAUGUCAUAGGCGCUCAAGUCUUGGAACUACCUUACGGCAGUGAUGAAAGAUACACUGCACUAUUCUUUCUCCCAUAUCCAGAGGUUUCACUAUUCAGUGUCAUAGAAAAAUUUAAAACAAUCACAUUGACCACUAUAUAUAAACUGUUCGAAGCCGAAGAAAAGCAAGACGUGAUGGUACAGCUCCCAAGAUUCAAGACAAGCACAAAUUUAAAUAAUCUAAAAGAGCUCUUGUCAGAUAUGGGGUUGAGAACUAUGUUUGACAGUUCUCAAGCGAGCUUCGCGAAGAUAUCUCCUUACGAAUUAUCAGUUUCAGAUUUCUUUCAAAAAGCUGAUAUAGAGGUCAAUGAGGAAGGAACAACAGCGAGUGCCGUUAGUGGCGCAGGCUUCAUAUCAAGAAGUUUACCGGAAAAAUUCACAGCAAAUAGACCAUUCCUUUAUAUGAUAAUAGAUAAAGAGAUUGAAGUACCACUAUUCGCUGGUGCAUACUCAAAACCAAGUGUUUAUUAA